AUGACCGAUGAGGGCAAUGAAGAGGGGGAGGGAGACUCCCGGGCUUUUCUCGAAAGGCUCAUAAACAAAAACCUGCGUGUCACCACCACCGACUCCCGCAUGUUCUGGGGCACCUUCGUCUGCACCGACCAUGAAAGCAAUCUCAUCCUCAAACACGCCUACGAGUACCGCCACCCCGACCCCAAGAAAGUCGCCGCCCUCGCCCAAGCAACCAUCCCCUCACCCUCACUCCCCUCCAUGAACCUCAGCGAGGACAACAACAACAACAACCACCCCACCGCCGCGCCCACCCAAACCCAAACCCAAGGGACCAGCAACGGCAGCGCGAGCAACAACAAGGCCAAGCCCAAGGACAAGGUCACGGUGGAGAUGACGUCGCGGUACCUGGGCCUGGUGGUGGUCCCGGGGAAGUAUGUGGUCAAGAUUGAGGAGGAGGAGUUUGCGAGCCAGGUGCGCGGGCGGAAGGUGGCGGAUGCGGCGGCGGCGGCGAUGGGGGCGGGGGCAGCGGGGGAGGGGGAGGGGGGGAGGCAUGUGCAUGUUGGGACUGUGUGUGGGGUUGGGGGGAGGUGA